AUGAACGCUUUGAAUCGCAGCCUCGAGGGUAUCAUUGAAAUUGGGAACGAGUUCUCGAGCGUCGAGGCGCUGUGGAGUCAAUUCGAGACAGUCAUGGGCAGAACAGCGGGCGACGAGGCCGCCGACUCGAAUGUAGACGCAAACGAUAACGCGGCCGAGGCCGUGCAUUCGACGGCAGCCGGUAACGCAGAAGACAAGCGUGGCGGAUGA